AUGGCGGCGGCGGCGACGGCUUGCCGAUCUCUUCAUCUGUUCUUGGCCGUCCUCGCCGUGUCGGUUAGUGGUGUUUUGUCGAAGUCGUUCACCAUCACCAACAACUGCGGGUACACGGUAUGGCCAGGGAUCCUCUCCGGCGCGGGCUCGCCGUCGCUGGAAACCACGGGCUUCGAGCUCCCGCCGGGCGCGUCGCAAACCCUGCAGGCGCCGGCGGGAUGGUCGGGCCGCCUCUGGGGCCGCACCCUCUGCACCACCGACGGCACCACCAACAAGUUCGCGUGCGCCACGGGCGACUGCGGCUCGGGCGCCGUGUCCUGCGGCGGCGGCAACGCCGCGCCGCCGGCGACGCUGGCGGAGUUCACGCUGGACGGCAGCGGCGGCGGCAUGGACUUCUACGACGUGAGCCUGGUGGACGGGUCCAACCUCCCGCUGCUGGUGGCGCCGUCCGGCGCGUCCCCCGGCGCCGGCAACUGCGCGCCCACGGGGUGCCUGGUCGACCUCAACGCCGCGUGCCCCGCCGACCUACGGGUCGUCGUCACAUCGUCGUCCGCCGCCGCUGAUGUCAACGCUGAUGAUGUUGUGACGACUGCAUGCAGCGUAAAGUCCUCCAGCCCGAACUCAGGCGCACCUGGAGACCUGCCGCUUAUCAAUGGCACCAUGGCAUACGCCAGCGGUGACCAGCAGGUUGGCGCCGCCGCUGCUACACCGUCGACGUCGCGCUCCGUCGUCGUGCUUCUCGGUGCCGCCGUCUUGGUCAUGCUGGCAGGAGGAGCCUUGUCCUGA